AUGCCCCAGGCUGCAGAGGCCGGGGACUCCCGGGGGUGUGAGGCUGGCGUGGAGUCGCCCGCGGGCGCGGACCAAGCCACCAUGCCUGAAGUCAAAGACCUUUCAGAAGCCUUGCCAGAAACGUCAAUGGACCCCAUCACUGGAGUUGGGGUGGUAGCUUCUCGGAACCGAGCCCCGACAGGCUAUGAUGUAGUUGCACAGACGGCAGAUGGUGUGGAUGCUGACCUCUGGAAAGACGGCCUAUUUAAAUCCAAGGUUACCAGAUACCUGUGUUUCACAAGAUCAUUUUCCAAAGAAAAUAGCCAUUUGGGGAAUGUGUUAGUGGAUAUGAAGCUCAUCGACAUCAAGGACACGCUGCCUGUGGGCUUCAUCCCCAUUCAGGAGACGGUGGACACACAGGAGGUGGCUUUUAGAAAGAAGAGGUUGUGCAUUAAAUUCAUUCCACGAGAUUCAACUGAAGCUGCAAUUUGUGACAUUCGGAUCAUGGGCCGGACCAAGCAGGCCCCACCUCAAUACACGUUUAUUGGGGAACUGAACAGCAUGGGGAUCUGGUAUCGAAUGGGCAGAGUGCCAAGGAAUCAUGACUCAUCUCAACCCACAACGCCUUCCCAGUCAUCAGCUGCUCCCACCCCAGCCCCCAACCUUCCCAGGCACAUCUCUCUAACACUGCCCGCCACCUUCCGAGGCAGAAACAGCACCCGGACGGACUAUGAAUACCAGCACUCCAAUUUGUAUGCCAUAUCAGCAAUGGAUGGUGUGCCUUUUAUGAUUUCAGAGAAGUUUUCUUGUGUUCCAGAAAGUAUGCAGCCCUUUGAUCUCUUGGGGAUCACCAUCAAAUCUCUAGCAGAAAUUGAGAAAGAGUAUGAGUACAGCUUCCGCACAGAGCAGAGUGCCGCCGCCCGGCUCCCGCCGAGCCCCACCAGGUGCCAGCAGAUCCCUCAGUCCUGAGGAGCCAGCAGCAGCCGCCGUGUGGAGCAGACGCCACCCCUGACUACUGACUGGGCGCUGGGGCUGUGAGGUGCUCCCCUCCUCACCCAUCCCUCUGCUUCCUCCCACCGCGGCCAGCCCUUUCCUUGCUGCCCAAGGGUGGCCAGAGACACUGGGCAGAUGAGUGGACACUCUCUGUCAUCAGCUCACCUAACAUGACACCCCACCCUCCCUGGGGACAUUGUUCAUAACCACGACUAAUCUGUGUGUGCUGUAGUGACCAGCAGCUCCUAACAUGUCUGUGU